AUCCCCUCCAUGUCCUAUCCCUACAAACGGCGUCGAACUGCUACUUCUGUUCUUGCCGGCGAUUUUGAUCCUCGUCCUCAACGCGACGUCCUCACUAGUCUUUUGAACGGCGUCUCGAUGCCCAAACCAACCGAGGAGGAGCUCAACGCGCGCAGGGAGAGGAAGCGCGAGAAGAAGGAGAAGGAGCGGAGAGAGCGAGAGAGGGAGAAGGAGAAGACAGAGAAAAAACGCGUCAAGGCCGCCUCCAAGGCUCCCGAAGCCGUCGCCGCCCCCAUCCCCUCAACAUCCGGCACGCCCGCAACCUCGAGCGCGAUUGCUCCGCUCAAGAGCGCGUCGAUCGCCGCCCCUCGCGCAACCACAUCUUCCUUCUGGCAAGCCAGACCACAGAUCGUCAUCCCUUACCUCCAAAGGUCUGCGUCCUUUUCUCCACCGCCCAUGCCCUCAUCCCCUCCCACCACCCCCGGGCCAUCGGUAUCCUCUCGCACCUCCGCCGUAUCAUCCAAGCGUCCGUUCACCCCGGACGACGACGACGAACUUCCUGGCCGACAGCAGAGCAUGGAGAGCGACGGGUCGAUGCACAAGAGGCCCCGGAAGAAACGACCGGCGGCGCGGAAGGGUUGGAAGGGCUGGGUCGAGGGUUCGCCCCCGCCGUCCGACAAGCUCAUCAACCUCGACUCGGUCACUGUGCUGGCGGAGCGGAAGACACGAAGCGGGAAAAGCUUUGAUGCUAUCGGCGCAGGCCGGGAUGGGUGGGUGUAACUCUGGUUUCCGUCGACUGCCAAUGCUGUCUCUCGCGUAUCGUAAACAUGCGUGCGUCCUCUGUUUCCACUGCUAGUCUCAUGCGUCUACGUCGUCACGACAUAUACAUGCACAUCUCGAUACCGAACUCGCGUAUACUCCACGGCUCGUUUAUUCCCCCUUGCUCCCGCUAGUUGUGGCGUGCCACUGUGACUUUUUCCUUGGGUUGGAUUCUUGAUCAUGGCCAGUCACUCGUUGUACAUGUUUUUUCUGCUAGGUUUCUUUCACACAGGCUCACGAAUGAUCUUGUAUACAUAUGUCGCUGUCGCUCAACAAGCUUGUCAUGGCAAUCGU